AUGGCUAUUGAGGUAAAGUGUGGCAAUCUUCUUAGCGAAAGGCUUCAACUUUGUUGCUGUGUGAAAUUACAUAUACAAAUGCACGAAGGACGUAAUGUCUUCGGGGUGCAACGAAGCGGACAAUGCGGUAUAGACGAUGGGAAGAAACCUCAAAAGUUUUCUGUUGACGUUAAUGAUGAAGAUGUGGAAAGAUUUCAGAAGGCAGUGUUUACAGCAGUCUCCCAUUCUCUCCCAGCGACUGUCAUUGCAGCCGACCUCACAGUCUACGCGAACCGGUCGACGUUUGAGAUGAAGCGACCCCUGAAUCCAGAAUUUGGAAUCGGAGCGUUUGGGUUAUCACAAAGUGAUGCACUUAUCGUGGUUGCUCCUUAUUCGAGGGAUGAGAACGGUGGAUCUCCUUGGAAUAUGCUGGCGGAGGAGUAA